GUCAGUCCGACGUCGGCACCGCAACAGACGUACAUCGUAGGACGCGCUUCUUGUAAAAGCUGCUCCCCUCCCAUCUCUUCCACCGAGUCGGGUACCACCCGCGACACCACCGGUCGUCGAUUAAUCACGCGAGAGAGGGUUCCAUAAGAGGGAAGAAGGAAAAGAAAAGAGGAGAGAGGAAGAAAAAGGGAGACAAAGAAAAACAGGAAAGACUAACGCGCCGAUUAUUUUUUGAAGAGGACUUGAACUAUUUUAAAACUGAAGGAGAUCGUUCACUCGCUCUCUCUCUCUCUCCCACUUUCUCUUUCUCUCGCAGUCUCCCGUUCUCUCGCGGCGCGCGCCUCGUUUCAGUGAGGGAUCGAGAUUGAUCCUCUGUCCUCGGUGUUAAUCGAAAGAGUGGACCAGAUAUCCCCGGGGUUAUCAGUGAUUGACGGGGGAUCAAGAGGGGAUCGUUCAGAGAAAAGCGGGUCGGUGCACGCCUUUUUCUUUCGAUUUUCGUUUCCGCGGGCCGUCAUCUCGGUCCCGCCCCUUCCGGGUGGCUCCAUCAACCUCAGCUUGGGUCCGGCGUAGAAGACGCUCCAAAGUAGCUGAGUAACUCUUCCCCGUCGUGGGUAUAUAUCCUCGUUCGAGCCAUUUCGCACGGACCAGACGUCCCGGACAAACAACAUGCUUUCGUCCUCGAGGGCUUUCCCGCCGAUUCUCGCCGUGGCGCUCAUCGUCUGCAUCGGUGUCGCGCACGGUAUUAAAUGCUACAAAUGCGGACAGUACAACGAUGGAGUUGGCAGCAUUACACCGUGCAUUAAUUACACUGCAGAAAUGCUGAAAGAAUGUCCAUCCUCCGACGAAUGGUGCAUUAAAUACGUCAGUGAAGGAUCGACGGUGCGGGACUGCAUUUCCGAGUGCCAGGAGAAAGAUUCUUGGACCACGCGGACGUAUUGCUGCCAAGAAGACGGCUGCAAUUCAGGGCCGUCAUUGACAGCGUCGAGCGGCGCUUCCUUCGUCCUGGCGAUCUCGCUGGCGGUACUCGUGAUGUGCCGAAGCCUUCGUGGCUAAUAAUGUCGUCCUUCAGGACUUGGAGGAUCCGCUCCAAGAGCGUCACACGGAGCCGUAUAGAUCCUUUUUCAUUCGCGAAAACUUGCACAUAAGGUUUUGGA